AUGAAGCACACGGUAAGCCUUCCUUAUGUCAAGGAUUUUGACGAAGGGAAAAUCACCACUAAGGCUAGACCCAUUCAAAUGAGUCAAGAGACUAUGGAAUUCUGCCGUAACGAAAUAGAAGAUCUAUUACGCAAAAGCAUAAUCUGUAAGAGUAAGUCCCCCUGGUCUUGUUCAGCCUUUUAUGUUCAGAAGAAUGUUGAACUAGAAAGAGGAGCCCCGAGGUUGGUUAUCAAUUACAAGCCCCUCAACAAAGUCCUGGAAUGGAUCAGAUAUCCAAUUCCAAAUAAGAGAGACCUAAUCAAUAGGUUAAGUAGAUCAGUGAUCUUCUCUAAGUUUGAUAUGAAAAGUGGAUUUUGGCAAAUCCAAAUUCAUGAGAAGGAUAAGUAUAAGACGUCUUUUGUCACAUCCUUCGGACAAUACGAAUGGAACGUAAUGCCCUUUGGUCUUAAGAAUGCCUUAAGUGAGUUCCAGAAUAUCAUGAAUGAUAUUCUCAGCCCCUUUAGCAAAUACUCCAUAGUUUACAUAGAUGGUGUUCUCAUCUUCUCUAAGUCCAUUGAAGAACACUGGAAACAUUUGAACUCGUUUAUAGAAGUUAUCAAAGUUAAUGGUUUAGUAGUUUCUGCUACUAAAAUUAAGCUAUUCCAAACCAACAUCCGACUUCAGAAAAAUCCUCCUCCAUGGACUGAAAUCCAUACUUCUGUUGUCAAAGAAGUUAAGCUCCAUGUCCAGACAUUGCCCUGUCUUGGCAUUCCAACUAUUGAUUCUUUUAAGAUCGUUGAGAUUGAUGCCUCCGACAUUGUGUACGGUGGUAUUCUCAAACAGCAAGUCCAUUCCGACCAUCCAGAACAAAUUGUUCGUUUCCAUUCAGGGAAAAAAAUGGAGGAUAAAAAGAAAGAAAAGGUCCCUACCAAGAAGUCCAACUUAAGUCCAGAAUCUAAGCCCUUUGAGCUUGUUACCCCAAGCCAAUUAAGUUCCAGAGAUCUGGUCUCAAGAAGUCCGCCAAUCCAAUUGCCACCAGAACCUAUCACUGAGCAAGCUCCUAAGUCUGAGUCACCCAUAUCCUCCAAGGGAAAAAUGCCUGCUGAGAAGGAUUUCAAGGCGUUUGCCCUUGCUGAGCAAUUUUUUGAGCAAAAUGAAGAAAAUUCAGAUGAAGAAUCUACUGCAGAGUCUUCAGUCCCCAGAAGCCAGUUCGAUCUUUUUCAAGAUGCUCAAGACCCCUUUGAUAGGUAUGACCUGAGUUGUGACUAUUAA